UAAUUGGUAGCAAAGUGAUGGAUGAAGAUUGAAAUGCUUUUCUUCUUUUAUCGUAUGAAGAUUGAGCUCUAUUGGGUCUUUUGGGUUCCCUUUCUUUUUGGUUGGGAGUUGGAAAAAAGGUGGAGGGAAAUGAAGGGAGUUGGAUAGGUAGAGCCAAAGAUGGAAUCUGUGGCUGGGUUUUUCUUUUGCCAGAAAUGGUAAAAUUUUUCAGAUCUGCCGAAAUGGGGUUUUGGGAAAACAGGAGGUCUUCUCUUCUGACUGGUUUAGAGAUAGAGAGAGAGAGAGAGGAGAGGAGGUGACUGAGACUGACAGAAGAGAGUGAGCACACACGCAGGCAAUUGUAUGAGGCGAGUACCUUUGCGGGGUGCGUGCUCACUUCUCUUCUGUCAUCUUCCUUUCUCUCUAUUUGAAAGAAAAAUCUUUCUCCUUUCCCUCCUCUCCCCUCAUCUCUAUCCGGUUGCAUGCUUCUCUGUAGCUAGUGAUAUGGUCAAAUUAAUGCUCUAUUUUGCCAUAUUUAUGUUAAAUGUCUUCGUGGCACUCUUCUAUUCUAUAACAUUGCAGCAACUGCAGAGCUCUGUAUAUAUGAUAUGCUUAAAAAGCAUCAAUGGCAGGCUUUUUCCGUUCUCCACAUCAUCUUUCCUUUCUUGUGUUACGCGGGCUCUUUCCUUUUCUCUCCUCUGUCUCUCUCUAUCUCUCUCUCACCCUCAAGUCACAGGCAGCAGCCAGGUGAAUAGUGGUGGACUGGUGGUGGAGGUAAGAUAAUCGGUUCUGUUGCUUUCUUUGGUACACUUACUUCUCUGAAGUUUGCAAAUAAGUACUAUUAGUUUGUGAAACAUAUUGGAACAUUCUGUGUGUCAAAACUUCUCUUUUGGUGGAAGGAAUGUUGGAUUAUAAAGAUCAUCACCACCACGAAGAAGAAGAAAGAACGAGAGAAAGGGACAAUCUUUGGCCUCAAUUGAAAAGCGUGGAAUUCGAUGGUACCUCUUUGGUAAAGGAAGAAUUGAAAGAGGGGAGGGAGGGAGACCGGAGCGGAAUGGAAUGGUACUUGCUACUGUUCAAGCUUAACAGAAACCGUAUUCUCUCUUCUUUGCCCCCAAAGCUUGCGCCUUUUACCUGCAUAGUUAAUUACUCCAAGCUUAUCUUACUAAACCCCUUUCUCCUUUUUCCUGUUCUCGCUCACCAGAUCCGUGAUCCCUUCUUUUUUCAUGUUUCUUCGAUGGCAUCCUACAACUGAAGAAAAGGGGCUGCUGUUAGGGUUCCGUUUUGUGAUUUUGGGUUUUGGGGUUCUUUUUGGUCAUAUUGAUUCUCAGCUUCAAAUGGGGUUUCCAUAAAAUCACCCGAGUUUGUCGAGAUUCCAUGGCGAUUCGAUUGAUCCAUCUGUCUGUCUAUCUUCUCCCACACACUGUUCCUUCCUGAAGAAACAUUGCCGGUUUCAGAAAUUCAGAAGGAAGCUUCCCGGAAAUCGGCCAGAGUAGAGUCUGUCGGCGUUCCCAGCAGUAGCGAAAUCUUAUUUGGCGCCAAACAUGGGAAGGAUUUAUUGUUUCCCUUUCUGGGGUGACUAUUUUGUAGUUAUGGAAGGGAAAAGUUUCCAUCUUUACAGAUGGAACAGAUAUUGUCUUUGUUUUGGUGGUAGUGGGGCGGACUGUCUGCUGCAGAUACUACAAUUUGAGGAACUAAUCAUCAGCUUUGAGUUGGGGAGCCAUGUUCGAGGAAGACCCAAGGAGCAUAAUCUCGCAUGAGCUCUCGAUCUUCGAUGAACUCUCUGAUUCCAGCAGCACCACCCGCCGCUGCCUUCUCAACCCACCGAACAGCAAGCGUGCUCGAUACUCCACUAUCACCAAUAAUAUCUCCACGUCAUCCAAGUUCAAAGGUGUGGUACCACAGCAAAAUGGCCAUUGGGGUUGCCAAAUCUACGCCCACCACAAAAGAAUCUGGUUAGGCACAUUCAAAACCGAGAGCGAAGCAGCCACAGCAUAUGACAGUGCUGCCCUCAAGCUCCGUGUCGGCAGUGGUGGAGAUAGCAGUACUGUGCGGCGGAACUUCCCCCUCAAUUCCUUCACUGCCCAAGAACCCGAGUUCCAGACCCACCACACCUUGGAAGCCAUCCUCAGCAUGAUCAAAGAUGGGACCUACCAGUCCAAGUUCGCUGAGUUCAUCAUCUCUCGGGUGGGGACCACCACCGAGCUGACCCUCGACCUCCCCCCUAGGCCGAGAGCAAUGUCAUGCGGUGAUGUCAUCUGCAAGCAGUUGUUCCAGAAGGAGCUGACCCCAAGCGAUGUGAGCAAGCUAAACAGGCUGGUGAUACCAAAGAAGUACGCGGUGAAGUACUUCCCCAGGGUGCCUGAUGAGGUUGCAGCGAGUGGCAACGACAAGGUGGGGGAGGAGGACAGCAAUCUGGUGCUGAGCUUCUACGACAGGUCGAUGAGGACGCCGUGGAAGUUUCGCUAUUGUUACUGGAAGAGCAGCCAGAGCUUUGUGUUCACAAGAGGGUGGAAUCGGUUCGUGAAGGACAACGGUCUGAAGGCCAACGACACCAUCACCUUCUGCUUGUGUGAGAGGCAUGGUGGUGGAGAGGCGGGAACCAACGAGACGUUUUUCAUGAUCGAUGUGAGCAACUGUAAGGAGAACGAGAAUCCUCCGCCGGGUUCAAUGGUCGAGCUGCAGUUAGGCAGUGGGGGGAGAUCGUGUAGUAGUGUUCUGUGCGAGGAAACCGACGGGAUCAAGAAGCAGGCGAGGGCUGCUGAUCAUGAUGAGAAGAAGGGGAUAAAGCUCUUUGGAGUGACAAUAGCUUGACAUUUUAACACCUUUAAUUCUUAUAGACUCAAAACUUUCCAUUUUACAUAUGGAGUAAGGUUAAUCUGUGGGUUUUGAACUGACAGGGUUUUAGGCCUGGGUUUUGCUGUGGCCAAAAUCGAAUGUGUAGCAGUAGUAAGACUAAGAAGUAAAAAAAGCUUCUAUCUUGCAAUGCUGCAAUGUUAUAUGGUUUCAUCAGUUGGUUCUCUAUGUGGAUUCUA